AUGCUUGGUUUAUGGGAAAAGAUUGUACAACUUCGAAUUAUUAACAGCUACUUCUUUAAGACUGUUAAGGGAUGUCAGAAGAAUCGGAAGCAGGUACCCUCACAUGCUGUUGAUCAAGCUGUAAACCAGCGGAGCAUCUUUGCAGGGCAAUGUAGCAGUAUGUGUCAGAAUUAUCUAAAAAUUGAGCUGGUGUCUCAUAAGGUGGUUGGCACUCCAUCACGACAAGUAAGAAAGAGGCAGCAAAGUAAAGCAGCAGUUCGGCUGAAAGAAGACAUGAAAAAGAUAGUGGCAGUGCCACUAAAUGAGCAGAGGAAUUCAACCUAUAAGAAGUUAUUUGGAGUCAGCCUCCAAGACCUUCAGCAGCAGGGGCUCACAGAGAACGGCAUUCCAGCUAUAGUGGGGACUAUCGUGGAGUACUUGGUGAAGCAUGGACUCACCCAGGAAGGCCUUUUUAGGGUGAAUGGCAACGUGAAGGUGGUGGAACAGCUCCGAUGCAAGUUCGAGAGUGGAGCCCCGGUGGAGCUUGGCAGAGACGGGGACGUCUGCUCAGCAGCCAGUCUGUUGAAGCUGUUCCUGAGGGAGCUGCCAGAGAGCGUGGUCACCUCCACAUUGCACCCUCGAUUCGUUCAGCUCUUUCGGGAUGACAGAAAUGAUGCUCAGGAGAGUAGUUUAAGAGACUUAAUAGAAGAGCUGCCAGACACCCACUACUGCCUCCUCAAGUACCUGUGCCGGUUCUUGACAAAAGUAGCCAAGCACCAUGUGCAGAAUCGCAUGAAUGUCCACAACCUCGCCACUGUAUUUGGGCCAAAUUGCUUUCAUGUGCCACCUGGGCUUGAAGGCAUGAAAGAACAAGACAUCUGCAACAAGAUAAUGGCUAAAUUACUAGAAAAUUAUAAUACUCUAUUUGAAGUAGAGUAUACAGAAAAUGAUAACCAGAGAUGUGAAAACCUGGCUAGGCUUAUCAUAGUAAAAGAGGCCAGUUGUAAGAACGCGUUACCUAACAUCCUUGUAACAAAAGACUUAGAGAGAGACAUGCAAAAACCAUCUCUAAAAACCAGGAUCCCCAAAUCCAGGAGUGAGGGAUCUAUUCAGGCCCACAGAGUUCCACAACCAGAGCUAUGUGAUGGCGUUCCUCAGGUCAGCCUGCGGCUAAGUCGUAGAAAACCCUGCUGGGCUGACAUGAAUUCAGCAGAGGAUGCUAAUGUCACAAAGUUGGUAUCCAGUUCACAGGAAGAUGAAAGACCUAUGUCACCUUUCUAUUUGAGCACGCAUGUAUCCCAAGUCAGCAAUGUUUCGACAACUGGAGAACUCUUAGAAAGAACCAUCCGGUCGGCAGUAGAACAGCACCUUUUUGAUGUAAACGGCUCUGGAGGCCAAAGUUCAGAGGACUCGGAAUCUGGAACAUCAUCAGCAUCUUCGGCCACAUCUGCCAGACAGCGCCGCCGUCAGUCCAAAGAGCAGGAUGAAGUUCGACGUGGCAGAGAUGUGGGACUUAUCAACAAAGAAAAUAUUCCUUCUGGGUUCAACAACCUUGAAGAUUGUAUUUUGAAUGCUCAGGAAGUGGAAAAAUUGUAUGAAAGUACUUCUGGUUAUAUUGGAGAAAGGGGCAAACCUAAACGUCAGAAAUCCAGUUCCAAACUUUCUGAACUCAAUGAAAAUCAAGAUGGUCUUGUGAAUAUGGAAAGCCUCAAUUCCACACCAUCUCAUGAGAGGGCUGGACCUGACGAUGUUGAACUGAUGUCCGAUGAAAGCAAAGAAGAUGAAAAAGGCAGCAGACAUACCCAGCAUUUUGAGAGCCCCACAAUGAAGAUUCAGGAGCAUCCCAGCGUACCUGACACCAAACUGCAGAGGACUCAAGAUGCUGAUGACCAGCAGGAGAGCUUUGUCUCCGAAGUGCCUGAGCUCGACCUGACUGCAUUGUGUGAUGAGAAGAGCUGGGAAGAACCCCUCCCUACCUUCUCAUGGCAGCAGGAGAAUGUGGACUCGGAUGAAGCGCACCUCUCCCCGCAGGCUGGGUGCCUGAUUCGCCAGCUUCUGGAUGAAGACAGUGACCCCAUGCUCUCUCCUCGGUUCUAUGCUUAUGGGCAGAGUAGGCAGUACCUGGAUGACACAGAAGUGCCUCCUUCUCCCCCAAAUUCCCAUUCUUUCAUGAGGCGCCGGAGCUCCUCUCUCGGGUCCUACGAUGACGAGCAGGAGGACCUGACACCUGCCCAGCUCACACGAAGGAUUCAGAGCCUUAAAAAGAAGAUCCGAAAGUUCGAAGAUAGAUUUGAAGAGGAGAGGAAGUACAGACCUUCUCAUAGUGACAAAGCAGCCAACCCAGAGGUUCUAAAAUGGACAAAUGACCUUGCCAAAUUCCGGAAACAGCUUAAAGAGUCCAAACUAAAGAUAUCUGAAGAGGACCUAAGCCCCAGGAUGCGGCAGCGAAGCAACACGCUCCCCAAGAGUUUCGGUUCCCAGCUUGAGAAAGAAGACGAGAAGAAGCAAGAGCUCGUCGAUAAAACCGUAAAGCCUAGCGUCGAAGCCACGCUGGAAUCCAUCCAGAGGAAGCUCCAGGAGAAGCGGGCAGAAAGCAGCCGUCCUGAGGACAUUAAGGAUAUGACCAAAGACCAGAUUGCCAACGAGAAGGUGGCUCUGCAGAAAGCUCUGUUAUAUUACGAAAGCAUUCACGGCCGGCCGGUGACCAAGAAUGAACGUCAGGUAAUGAAGCCACUGUAUGACAGAUACCGGCUGGUCAAGCAGAUCCUGUCCCGAGCCAACACCAUACCCAUCAUCGGAUCGCCCUCCAGCAAGCGGAGAAGCCCUUUGCUGCAGCCAAUUAUCGAGGGCGAAACGGCUUCCUUCUUCAAGGAGAUAAAGGAAGAAGACGAGGGUUCGGAGGACGAUGGCAACACGAAGCCGGACUUCACGGUCACUCUGAAGACCGAUUUCAGUGCCCGCUGCUUCCUGGACCAAUUUGAAGAUGAUGCUGAUGGGUUUAUUUCCCCAAUGGAUGAUAAAAUCCCGUCAAAAUGCAGCCAGGACACUGGGCUCUCCAACCUCCACGCCGCUUCCAUACCAGAACUCUUGGAACACCUUCAGGAAAUGAGAGAAGAAAAGAAAAGGAUUCGAAAGAAACUGCGUGAUUUUGAAGACAAUUUUUUCAGACAAAAUGGAAGAAAUGUCCAGAAGGAAGACCGCACUCCCAUGGCUGAAGAAUACAAUGAAUAUAAGCACAUAAAGGCAAAACUAAGGCUCUUGGAGGUGCUCAUCAGCAAGAGAGACACUGAUUCCAAGUCCGUGUGAGGGGGGCAGCCCCAGCCCGAGCAGAGGGGGCUGCUGAAGGUGCAGGCUGAACUUAUCAGCUGCCUCCCCUAGUAAAGAGCAGCUCUGCACAAACUGGAAGGCAGCAUGGAGCUGGACCUGCAGAGCAUGUAGCCCUUCUGCCUCCGGGCCUUUGGGAUCCGCUCCAGUUUCCAGCGCCGGCCUCAGAAACUGCCUGGAUGGAAGAGGGCAACCUGCUUUGAUUUAAGAAUUUUGUAAGGGGAAGUCAAGAUCCCACAGGCGCACGUAGACAGUAGGGGAAGCUUCACUAACGCUGGCGGUGAUGAAUCACUACACGGAGAGACCCUCAUCUACAGAGAAUACACACUGUUCUUCCCUGGAUGACUGAGAAACAUGUCUAACUGGGAUACGACCCAGCUCAGGACUUCCCUCUGGAGAGCGAACUUGCUACGCAGGUCCGAGUUCUCUUUGCACCCAGUAAAGUGGGAACGUGCGUCGGAGCCCUGUUUGCUGCCUUGGCCAUUCUCAUGACCUUUCCCCACUCGCGCGAAUUGUCCCCUUUCAGUUCUCAGGUAGAUGGAAGCUGCGUCUGCCCAGCACGGCGGCGCAAUCACCUGUUUGAUGGUGUGUUGCUUCAAGACUUCCUCGGCUGACGAAGAAUUUUGAUUCUUGACCAGGACUGGAUCAUCUGCAGAGGACAGAGGGAAUAUAGCUAUAUUCAUGCUGAUUUUUAAAUCAGGCAACAGGGUGAAGAGCCUGGAAAAUUCCUUCCUGAACAUGGAUUACACUUGAUCAGUCUCAGAUUUUCGCAUCCAACACUAAGCAAGACCAGUAUGCUAUGGCAUCCUGUUUGGGGCUUGGUUUCAUUUUGGCUCUAGCCAAACAUAAAGGAUCUUGCUUAAUUCUUAGCUUAAGUGUUGAGGAUCAUGAGAGAGAGAGAGAGAGAGCCUGUGUUCUAAGCCUUCUGAGUACUUACCAGAGUUUAAAGUUUUUUUUUUUUUAAAGUAAACCCGCACUAAAUCCCCUCACUGAGAGGUAAAUGUAGCCCUCGGAACUCAGUCCAAGGUGGUAUCUAAAUCACACUAUUUUCAAGAUCAUAUAUAAAGAGAAAAAUAAUGGUGUGGGGUCACUUAGGAUUAUUUUUUCAGAGACUGUGUCACAAAGCUGUCUAUAUUAGACCUUUUGGGAAGACCAGGGAAUUUAAAACACCAAAUCAUUCAUCUCUUUACUGUGCUGAUGUCCCCUUGUGAUUUGUUGUUACUUUUUCACCUCUGUGUCUACAUCGAGGAAAGUGAAUUCUGUCUCUGCCUGUCCGUCCAAGGCCUAUGUUGGCACCUUGUGGGGUGGAGCUUUGUGGGUUUGCGCUUUGUGGGAUGCAGCUCAAGUGUCUGCACACCGGCCCCCGGCUGCCAAGAGAAAACAUCUCGGCAGGCUCUGCCUUUUGAAGAUACUGUCGCAGGAUGAGCAAGAGAGCUAGGCUGCCCUCCCAUAGGUUUUGAGAGUUGCCUUCUUAAAGGGUACCCUUUUGUUUGGUUUGAUAAGAAGAGGAAAAGAAAGAGAACGUUAAACUCUUCUGACCAGUUGCCAGUUUUGAAAUGGGUUCUUGAGAAACUGGCCAGAUUGGAUUUCUAGCAGUGUUUUCCAUGGCUCAAGUGAGGCAGAAGCUGUCAGUUGGAAAUUGUUUUAAGUCGGGAGUCGGGGGAAAAGAAUACCUUUAAGUUUGCUCUUAAAAAUAAUCAUAUAGAAGCAUGAGCUGUGUGUUGGAAGUCCCCUGUGUUAAUCCACACAUUUAAAGACGGUACAUAAUCCUACAAAUUUAAAUGUACAUGAAUAUAUAGUUUGGUAUUCUUUGCUCUACUGUUUACAUUGCAGAUCACUAUAAUUUCGAGGAGUUAUAUUAUAAAUAAAAUGAAGCACUUUAGGAUGUUUUCUAUUUUUGAAAUCUGAACAUGAAUCAUUCACAUGACCAAAAAUUGUAUUUUGUAAAAGAAAUACAUGUCUAGUCUGUCUUUUUUGAGUAAUUAUUCUCUUAAAUAAGCUAUAACAUAAAUCAAAUCAUUACCAGUUAACCUUUAAAGCACAUCUGUUUAAGAGUAUUGUCUUGAAAAUACUAAUAUGCUACAGAAUUUUAAAAGAAAAAAUGCUGUAUAAAUGAGGAGCUACUAAAUGUUUGAAAUCUAUUGUUUCUGCCAAAGGUAAAUUAAGUAAAAGAUUUAUCCAGGACUCCCCAUUCCAAUUUGUAUGAUUGAAUAAAAGAAAACACCAAGUUACAGUCAAAUAAACUGCGUAUGGAAUGUCAUGUUCUCCUUUGUAAUUUCUCAUCUAUAUUAACUUCACAGAAUGGCGCCCAGAUUAAGGGCGGAAAAGCCCUGUUUACACUCGAUCCUAUUUGAAGCCAUGGCGGUAGGUUCCGGCGCUGCCAGAAAUGCUGAGGCAAAUUUGUUUCCACAGCAACCAUUUCUGCAGCCCAGGGUCUUGGGGCCCUAGAGGCAGCAUCUUAAUUGGCUUCACACAGAAUACUCUGGACUGGGGUUUUUCCUUUGCUCUCUUGGGAAUGUGUGUGUGUUUAUUAGCACACGCCAACAAAAUAAAUGCCAGGGGUUAGUUAAUAACAAUGAUAAGUAAAGGUAAAGCAUGAAUAAACUUGAUUGUAUGACUGUAAGAAUUAGAAAUA